CCAACCCCAAAGCCUGUAUGCAUCGCCACUUGCCAGUGUUGCUCUGCACGGAAGACUCUAGGCCUCUGGACCACUGGACCCCAGCCCCACAGCACCCACCCAGGGGGCCCUGGAUGCAGCGCCCUGGAAGGGUGAGAAAGAGGCUACAGGAAGCAGCGAUGGGGCGGGGACGGCCUUACGGCAGAGCCUGGGACCAGACGGCCAGACGGUUGUGGGGUUCCCGCCAGUGUGGGAAAGGCUGGACAAGGAUGGCGGUGCUCGGGGGCCUCGGGCUCCUGCUUCUCCUGCUUGUGGCCUCAGGUUCGGAAAGUUCCACAGAAGAACUGGAGUCUCCGAGAAAUCCCUGCCUGGAGAGCAGCAUUGGCAACUACUUUGAUGCCUUGGCGCUGAACAGCACUGCUACUUGCUUCACCAUGUGUAGGCUGGGGGAUGACUUCUGCCCUCUGGAGACACUGCAAAGAUACUGGCUGAACUAUGAGAGUCACCUGGUGGAGAACAGUUUAAUGGAGACAGUAAAUACGUCUUCCGUGAAGUCUUUGGUCUGGAACUUCAAUACCAACACCUCAGAAGACGUGCUUUUCUCUGUGAUGCCCUAUCAGAUUCCGAGGCAGAUUAAGGAGAACGAGGACAAACCCACUGACAGAGUCCGGCUUCCCAGGAGCCUUUUUGGAUCCCUGCAGGGUGAGAGGGCCAUGGUCCGGCUGGCCAUAACCGUCCUGGACAUCGGUCCGGGGGUUGUCUUCAAGGGCCCCCGGAUUAGCCAGGAGGAUGGCAGCAGCGUGCUCAACAAUCGCCUGGUGGGCGUGAGCGUGGGCCAAACGCAGGUCACCGGGCUGGGCGAGCCACUGGAGAUCUCCUUCUCCCACAAGCGUCAGCCCCCAAACAUGACCCUCAGCUGCGUAUUCUGGGAUGUGAGUAAAGGGCCCACAGGAGACUGGGCAUCUGAAGGCUGCUCCACGGAACCCGGAGUGGAGGGGACCGUCUGCCGCUGCAACCACCUGACCUUCUUCGCCCUGCUGCUGAGGCCAGUCUUGGACAAGACCACGGUGCGGGCCCUCACACACAUCUCCCAGGCGGGCUGUGGAGCCUCCAUGAUCUUCCUGGCCUUCACGAUUAUUCUCUACCUUGUCCUGAGGUUCUACCGGCAGAGAUUCAAAUCAGAGGAUGCCCCUAAGGUCCACCUGUCCCUAAGCAUCAGCCUGUUCCUCCUGAACCUCGUCUUCUUCGUCACUGUGGGGGGCGGCGUGCGGGGGUCUGGGGCUGCCUGCUGGGCCCGGGGGGCCGCCUUCCACUACUUCCUGCUCUGCACCUUCACCUGGAUGGGCCUGGAAGCCUUCCACCUCUACCUGCUCGUCAUCAAGGUCUUCAACACUUACUUUGGGCGCUACUUCCUGAAGCUGAGCCUGGUGGGCUGGGGCCUGCCUGCACUGAUGGUCAUCGCCACCGGGAGUGCCAGCAGCUACGGCAUCUACACCAUCCCUGAUGCGGAGAAUCGGACCACACUGGAGCUGUGCUGGUUCCAUAACAAAGCUGCCCUCUAUGCCACUGUUCACGGCUACUUCCUCAUCACCUUCCUCUUCGGCGCCGUGGUCCUGGGCCUGGUGUCCUGGAAGAUCUUCACUCUGUCAAGCACUACAGCAGGCAAGGAGCACAGGAAGAACUGGAAGGGCGUUCUCACCAUCCUGGGCCUCUCAAGCCUGGUGGGUGUGACGUGGUGGCUGGCUGGCCUCACGCCCCUGGGCCUGUCCACCGUCUACAUCUUUGCAUUGUUCAACUCUUUGCAAGGUGUCUUCAUCUUCUGCUGGUUCACCGUCCUCUACCUCCCGGGUCAGGGUCCUGCACCCUCCUCCUCCGGCACCGCCCAAGCCGUCCAGACCCACUCGGCUUCUCACGAGUAGGGAGGCCCCGGCUCUGCACUCGGCUCUGACUCGCAGUGUCAUCUCUCUCUGGGCCUCAGUUUCCUUCCCUGCACAACAUGGCUGGGGAGGGUGCGGCAGGGACCAUGUUGGACCACAUGGCCUCAAAUAUCCCAAAAGAUGUGUUUGCGGGCCCCGUGAAUCCAGGAUUGCGGGGUCUAAAGUUCCUGUAAUCCUUGGGCCCCCCUCCCCGCAUAGAGCGUUGCCUUCAUCCUACUUCCUGUCUUCAUAACCAAGCAGCCUUUCUCUGCCAUCACCUAAAUAGGGAAUUCUGCUGUGGGCACAUCCCCUUGAAGGAGCUCCCAGCCUCUCCUCUUCCUCCCCCUUGCCCACUGCCCCCCACCCCAACUCAACCCUCUGGCUGAUUGUGCUGCCACACGAAGGCCCCGGAAGGUCACCGGCUCCUCAGGCAUUGGGGGAGUUGUGGACUUGGAGGGUUGCUUUUUUGGAGGGUGGAGGGGAGCUGACCCUCCCAGCCUGUCCUAGUCUCUGCCACCCCACCAGGGCCCGUCCUCGUUGCAGAGCCCACCCCCACUGAGGGGCUGCCAGCCCUGCAGGUGAUGGGGCACCCUGAAUGCCACUCAGUGAGUGUGACACCUCAAGCAAGCCCUGCCCCUGCUCUGGCUGCUGCGGGGGCCGGACCUCUGAUCUGUCUUCUUCGUGGACAGCGUGCAAACGGUGGAGUGCUCUGCACGCCUGAGGGGCGGGCAAUUUGGCUACUGUUUAUUCAGUAUGGGGGGCCGCGGGGUGCGGGUCAGGGGGAAGGCGAGGCUGAGCUCCAACGGGGCAGGGUCCCUGACUGCCUCACCCAGCAUUUCAGCCUGCACUCGGUGCCCGGCACGUUCCAGGCCCUGAAUAAAUACCCGUGGGCUGAAAAUGAGUGUAUGAGUUUGGCUCCAGCCUGACAGAGCCCUGAGCCAAGGGAAGGUCUCUUGGCCAGACCCAGGCUGGGCCUGUCACUUCCAGUUGCUCUGCAGUCACAUGCUGGCUUGCUCAGUGGGACCCAAAAAGAGACAUAAUAGAGAUAGUGGGGAAGAGAAAGUGAAUUAACAGACAGACUGACACAGAGAGAACAGAUACAGGUACAGGGAGAAAGCUGCUCCUUGGGGUGUCCCCAAUGAGGGGGUAGUGUCCUUCUUCUCCAGCCCCCUACCUCUAGGGGCAUACCCCACCCUAGCCUUUAACUUACUAAGUACCGUGGGAAAUCUCACUGCCUCUACCCAACACCCCACCCUUUCCAAUACGCUUUGCAACUGUCAAGCCCCUUCCUCAGGUGAGAAGUUAUUAUUAUUAUUAGACCCUCCCCCACAGCUCCUCCCCUUACCCCCCAGAUGCAGGGAGCUGAGGUGGGACUGGGUUGGACGCGGCACUCUCAGGACCCCUUGCUUCUCCCUCCCCCCACUCUGCAAACGGACAGAAGACAGGAAGGCAGGGCCUCUCACUUUAUGCAAGCCCCCUGUUCCUAGAAGGGAAAUUCUGGGGUGUGGAUGUUGCAACAGUUGAGCCACGUUAUCAGUUUUUGUGGACAAACUUGGUAGGUUUGAGGACUUUAUUGUCAUAGACAUCUUUUCUCACGUUGAGGGGCUUGGCUCCCUGGCCCCAAAGUCUCCCAGUCAGCAGCCAGUGCACAGGGAGAACAACUGCUCCAGUGUCUGGCAGGCCUGGGUUCAAAUCUUGGCUCUGCUACUUAGGAGCUGUGUGGCCCUGGGUGCAUCACCUCACUUCUCUGUGCCUUAGUUUCUCCCUCAGUAAAAUGAGGUCCAUAGAUGUCGUCACCUCUCAGGAUUCUUGGAAGCAUUAAAUGAGGUGACAAAAAUGAAGUUUCGGCAGGAGCUAGUUUGCUUCUCGAGACCGCCUUGGCUACGACAUUUAAAGCAAAACCAGGUGGAACCUUUGCGUAAAGCAAAUCAUGACUCUAAAAUAGAGGGGAGUAAGGACUAAAGUGCCCAUCCUGACUUCCUCUAGCACUCUGCCAAGUGGGCCAGCCCUGUGUGGGGACGAGGAAAUAGGGACAGGGUGGCCGCCACCUGCCCUGGGCCACUCUGCAAGCUGGGCUGAAACUGGGACUGGAUCCUCUUUCGUUGCCAGUUCCUCCUCCUGGAACAUUCCCUAAGGUUCAAGAAUUAUCACCUCACCUCUGACCCCCAAACCCUAGGCUUUCUCAGACGUGCUCAGUAGGAUGUGGCCCACAAAACCACAAGCCCCGAGCAGCUGGGCUUCCUGGUAUAGAUGGAGGGGGCAGAUGGGGAGGUGUGACUAAGGUUGGCAAGUUCUCCUUUUCCAGCUGGUUCUCCACCCCAGGGCCAGACGGGGGCUCAGGGGCUGGGGUCCUUCAUUGCCUGAGGUCACUGCAAACAGUGCCUCCUAGUGCCAAGCUGAGCACCAUGCAAAAUUCAAGAGAGGCUAUGGCAAAAAUAAACCGUAAGGCCCAGAGCAGGUGCAGAUGGACAGGGGUCUCCUGUCAUCGGACAGUAACAAAGCAGCCUAGCAGGUGGGAUGGCACUGAACUGGAGGGCAGGGACCCUGAGGCCAGCCUGCCUAGUCUGAAUUCCACCUCUGCAACUUGCCUUAGGCAAAUUCCUCAACUUUCUGAGUCUGCAAAUGGACAGAGCUACGGAUAUAAUGAGAUACUACUGGCUGCCAGGUGCUGCAGUGUCCUCGUCCACCUGGCCUCGCAGGAUUGUGACAAAACCAGCGCUUUGUCCUGGUCACCAAG